ACGACAAGUGUUGGAACGUGAGAGGAACAACGCAUAAAACAACCAAUACAUCGAGAUUGUAGAUCAAAACGUUCAAUCCAACUCUGUUUUCACCUCCGAUCCCCAAAUCCGAUCAAUUUCACUCCCAAUUUACAACAACAACAACAAUGGCCGAUUCAACAUUCAGUGGUGAUGAAACGGCACCGUUCUUUGGAUUCCUCGGUGCCGCUGCUGCACUCGUAUUCUCAUGUAUGGGGGCUGCGUAUGGGACGGCGAAGAGUGGUGUUGGUGUGGCAUCGAUGGGAGUGAUGAGGCCGGAGCUGGUGAUGAAGUCAAUUGUGCCGGUUGUUAUGGCUGGUGUGCUCGGUAUUUAUGGUUUGAUUAUCGCUGUCAUUAUCAGUACUGGGAUUAACCCUAAGGCGAAAUCGUAUUAUUUGUUUGAUGGAUAUGCACACCUUUCAUCUGGUUUGGCUUGUGGUCUUGCUGGUCUUUCUGCUGGAAUGGCCAUUGGAAUCGUUGGUGAUGCUGGUGUUAGAGCAAACGCACAGCAGCCAAAACUUUUCGUGGGAAUGAUUCUUAUUCUCAUCUUUGCUGAAGCCUUGGCCCUAUACGGACUAAUUGUGGGUAUCAUCUUGUCUUCCCGUGCGGGUCAGUCCAGAGCAGAUUAAGAUGACAAAACCUUGCCAUGUAUGGGUACGUAGUUAUUUUGAAAAAAAAAUGAAGAUUUAUUCUAUUUCAUGCUCAGUGUCCACUUAAUCUGGCAGCUUUUGAACAACACUUAUUGCUUUCCUCGAAGUUUUCUUCUUGGUAGCGUUUCUGGUCUCAUUUGCAGUCUUUUCUGGCUGUGGAAUAAGAGUUGAAAACUUGUGUAGUUCUGUACUUUUCAGUCAUGCUAUAAGCCUUGUAGGAACUAUUGCUAUGGCAUCACGGUGUUUAUAUAUUAUGUUUUAUGAGACAGUAUUCACACUAUUCGCA